UAAGAGGAGAAAGAGGAGAAGGAGGAAAGAAAAAAGUUUCACUCCCAGAUCAGAGAAGGGAAAGGGGAACAUCACGGUGUAGAAAGUCAUCUCCGGAAGGCAGAUCAAGCAGAGGGCCACUGGCAGAGGUGGAAGAGGACAGCAGUGGGCUCCCUUAAGGAAAGAAAGGAACGGCCGAUCUUCCAAGCAAAGCAGCCACCAAGCAAACUUUUUGCAGACUUUUUGGAGAAGAGGCAGAGCAGCUGGAAGGAGACGUCCAGUCUCCUCCUCUUCCAUCCCAAGCAUCCAAACUCAUGGCUUCGUAAAGAGAACAUUCCUUUGGGGGGUGGGGAGGGAUAUAUAUUAAAAGAAAGAAAGAAUAUUCCACCAGGCUUGAGGCUGCGUCUUUUGCACAAGCAAAAUAAUAAUUAUCCCUGUUUUGUCUCGGUGGACGAUGGAUACUCACACAAGAUGGAAAAGGAGGACUUGGGUGAUGAGGUCCAUUCACCCUUGGAGUCUAGUAAUGUGUCUUCUCUAUUCAGUAGCCCAGAGCCACGCAGCUGAACCUGCAGAUCUCUUGAAGGUAUUAGAUUUUCACAACUUACCCGAUGGCAUAUCGAAAACAACAGGUUUCUGCACAAGCAGGAGGUCUUCGAAAGGCGCAGAUGUGGCAUACCGUGUGACCAAGGACGCACAGCUGAGUGCCCCAACUAGGCAGCUCUACCCUGCCUCUCCAUUCCCUGAAGACUUCUCGAUCCUAACCACUGUAAAAGCAAAGAAAGGGGGCCAGUCCUUCUUGGUGUCUAUCUACAAUGAGCAAGGCAUACAGCAGAUUGGUGUGGAGAUUGGGAGGUCUCCCGUAUUCCUAUACGAGGACCACACAGGGAAACCAGGCCCUGAGGACUACCCUCUCUUCCGGGGCAUCAACCUCUCAGAUGGCAAGUGGCAUCGGAUAGCUAUCAGUGUCCACAAGAAGAACGUUACCUUGAUAUUGGAUUGUAAAAAGAAGGUUACAAAGUUUUUGGACCGGAGUGACCAUCCCAUCAUCGAUGUCAAUGGCAUUAUUGUGUUUGGAACAAGGAUCUUGGAUGAAGAAGUAUUUGAGGGUGACAUCCAGCAGCUCUUCGUGGUAGCAGACCACCGAGCAGCCUACGACUAUUGUGAGCACUACAGCCCAGAUUGUGACACAGCUGUCCCAGAUACGCCGCAGUCCCAGGACCCAAACCCUGAUGAAUACUACCCAGAUGGAGAUGGGAACCUCGAAGUGGAAGGAGAAACUUACUACUAUGAAUAUCCCUACUAUGAGGACACAGAUGACACAGGCAAAGUGGUACCACCUACAACCCCAACUACAGAUACUGAAGAAGUGGCACGGGAAACGGCUGAAACCACUGAGGAACUUGCCCCUCCAUCUACAGCAUCCCCACCCAUUGUGGAGAGAACUCAAGAGGAGACCACGGUGAAAGAAAGGGUAGAGAAUCCACUGGUGGAUGAAUAUAAUUAUGGAACCAUAAUUGAUGAAUAUUACACUCCACUCCCUGAUGAAGAUAUCAGCUAUGAUGACCUUGAUAAGCUCCCAGAGGGCGGCGUCGAGGUGGAGGUCCCCACCAGCACAGUGAUCACCCUCAACGGAACCAAUGAUGCAGAACAAGGGCGUGAAGGAGGAGAAGACCCCAACAAGGACUUCACGGAGGAGACCCUCACAGAGUAUGAAGAUGGGUACUAUUACGGCAACUAUGACCGGACAGACUCUCCAGACAUUGGACCCGGCAUGCCUGCUAACCAGGACACGAUUUAUGAAGGGAUUGGUGGGCCACGAGGUGAAAAGGGACAGAAAGGGGAGCCAGCCAUAAUUGAACCGGGGAUGCUCAUUGAGGGCCCAUCUGGGCCAGAAGGACCAGCGGGUCUUCCAGGUCCUCCAGGUACGACUGGUCCAAUGGGUCAAGUUGGAGAUCCUGGCGAAAGGGGGCCUCCUGGACGAGCAGGCCUGCCUGGGGCAGAUGGUUUGCCAGGACCUCCUGGGACUAUGUUGAUGCUGCCGUUUCGGUUCAGCGGGGGAGGUGAUAGCGGCUCAAAAGGCCCCAUGGUGUCUGCUCAAGAGUCCCAGGCGCAAGCCAUCCUCCAACAAGCCCGGUUGGCGCUGAGAGGACCAGCAGGCCCAAUGGGUCUUACUGGAAGGCCAGGCCCCAUGGGACCCCCAGGCAGUGGAGGCAUAAAAGGUGAAUCAGGAGACAUGGGACCGCAGGGACCACGAGGUGUACAAGGACCUCCAGGCCCAUCGGGGAAACCAGGACGACGAGGACGUGCUGGAAGCGACGGCGCUCGAGGGAUGCCUGGCCAGACUGGGCCAAAGGGUGACCGAGGUUUCGAUGGUCUCGCUGGAUUGCCAGGGGAGAAAGGCCACAGGGGUGAACCAGGCCCUUCAGGACCCCCAGGAGCCCCUGGAGAAGAUGGCGAGAGGGGUGACGAUGGUGAAGUUGGACCCAGAGGUCUCCCUGGCGAACCCGGACCCCGUGGUUUGCUGGGACCCAAGGGACCUCCAGGACCCCCAGGACCUCCAGGCAUAGCUGGCAUGGAUGGGCAGACGGGUCCCAAAGGGAGUGUGGGUCCUCAAGGUGAGCCGGGACCCCCAGGUCAACAAGGAACUCCAGGUGCUCAGGGUCUUCCUGGUCCUCAAGGUGCAAUCGGUCCACCCGGAGACAAAGGUCCACUGGGGAAACCUGGACUUCCCGGUAUGCCUGGAGCAGACGGUCCCCCGGGUCACCCUGGCAAGGAAGGUCCACCUGGUGAGAAGGGAAGUCAGGGUCCAGCUGGCCCCCAGGGCCCAAUUGGAUAUCCUGGCCCUCGUGGUGUAAAGGGAGCUGACGGCAUCCGUGGCUUGAAAGGAACCAAGGGGGAGAAGGGUGAAGAUGGCUUCCCAGGUUUCAAGGGCGACAUGGGCAUCAAAGGAGACAGGGGGGAAAUUGGACCCCCAGGUCCACGAGGCGAAGAUGGCCCUGAAGGACCAAAGGGUCGUGGAGGCCCCAACGGCGACCCUGGUCCUCUGGGCCCUGCAGGAGAAAAAGGCAAGCUUGGCGUUCCUGGGUUACCGGGAUAUCCUGGGAGACUUGGCCCCAAGGGCUCCAUUGGAUUUCCAGGGUUUCCAGGAGCAAAUGGUGAGAAAGGAGGAAGGGGUACUCCUGGUAAACCUGGACCAAGAGGACAGCGGGGCCCCACGGGUCCCAGAGGAGAACGUGGUCAGAGAGGCAUCACCGGAAAACCAGGACCCAAGGGCAACUCUGGCGGUGAUGGGCCCCCUGGUCCUCCAGGCGAAAGGGGUCCUCCAGGGCCCCAAGGACCUACUGGCUUUCCUGGACCCAAAGGCCCUCCAGGCCCACCAGGAAAGGAUGGGUUGCCAGGACAUCCUGGGCAGAGAGGUGAAACUGGUUUCCAAGGCAAGACAGGUCCCCCUGGGCCUCCGGGAGUUGUCGGUCCUCAGGGUCCUACUGGGGAAACUGGUCCAAUGGGUGAGCGUGGCCAUCCAGGACCCCCUGGACCUCCAGGUGAACAAGGACUUCCUGGGUUAGCUGGAAAGGAAGGAACAAAGGGUGACCCGGGUCCCGCUGGCCUUCCUGGAAAAGAUGGUCCAUCUGGUCUGAGAGGAUUCCCAGGAGAUAGGGGUCUUCCUGGUCCAAUCGGACCUGUGGGAUUGAAGGGCAAUGAAGGACCUCCUGGACCCCCAGGCCCAGCAGGCUCUCCUGGUGAGCGAGGUCCUGCUGGCUCAGCCGGCCCCAUCGGUCUGCCAGGGCGGCCUGGACCACAAGGGCCACCUGGCCCUGCUGGUGAGAAAGGGACCCCGGGUGAAAAAGGCCCUCAAGGACCAGCUGGUCGUGAUGGUAUCCAAGGUCCAGUUGGGCUACCUGGCCCAGCAGGGCCUGUUGGACCACCAGGGGAAGAUGGAGACAAGGGUGAAAUUGGUGAACCAGGACAGAAGGGAAGUAAAGGUGACAAAGGGGAACAGGGUCCACCAGGCCCUACUGGUCCACAGGGCCCAAUUGGUCAACCAGGUCCAGCUGGAGCUGAUGGUGAGCCUGGCCCUCGAGGACAGCAGGGUCUCUUUGGUCAGAAAGGGGACGAAGGACCAAGAGGAUUCCCUGGCCCUCCAGGACCUGUGGGGUUGCAGGGCUUACCAGGACCUCCUGGUGAGAAGGGCGAAACAGGCGAUGUUGGCCAAAUGGGUCCUCCAGGGCCUCCAGGGCCGAGGGGUCCAUCUGGGGCCCCAGGAGCGGAUGGGCCUCAAGGUCCACCAGGUGGGAUUGGAAAUCCUGGAUCUGUUGGCGAGAAGGGUGAACCUGGAGAAUCUGGAGAACCUGGCUUGCCUGGAGACGGUGGACCCCCGGGUCCUAAAGGCGAGAGAGGGGAAAAGGGAGAAGCAGGCCCCUCAGGUGCUGCUGGCCCCGCAGGACCCAAAGGCCCCCCGGGUGAUGAUGGACCCAAAGGUAGCCCUGGUCCGGUUGGUUUUCCUGGUGAUCCGGGACCUCCAGGCGAACCUGGCCCAGCCGGCCAAGAUGGUCCACCAGGUGAUAAAGGAGAUGAUGGAGAACCCGGUCAGACUGGCUCUCCUGGUCCAACUGGAGAACCAGGUCCUUCAGGUCCACCAGGGAAAAGGGGCCCACCUGGGCCAGCGGGUCCUGAAGGCCGACAAGGAGAGAAAGGUGCCAAGGGUGAAUCAGGCUUGGAGGGACCUCCUGGGAAAACGGGGCCUGUUGGCCCUCAGGGACCACCAGGAAAGCCUGGUCCAGAUGGACUUCGAGGGAUCCCUGGCCCAGUGGGUGAGCAAGGACUUCCCGGUGCUCCAGGCCCAGAUGGACCUCCAGGACCACUGGGACCGCCUGGUUUACCUGGCUUGAAAGGCGAUUCUGGUCCAAAGGGAGAAAAGGGUCAUCCAGGUCUGAUUGGUCUGAUUGGGCCCCCUGGUGAGCAAGGUGAAAAGGGAGACCGAGGCCUUCCGGGCCCUCAAGGAGGAUCAGGGCCUAAAGGAGAACAGGGUAUAACAGGUCCGUCUGGUCCAAUUGGGCCUCCUGGUCCUCCAGGUUUACCGGGUCCCCCUGGUCCAAAAGGUGCUAAAGGAUCAUCGGGUCCAACAGGUCCAAAAGGGGAAACGGGUCACCCUGGGCCACCAGGGCCUCCUGGUCCUCCAGGGGAAGUGAUCCAACCACUUCCCAUCCAGUCUUCCAAGAGGACCCGGCGGAACAUUGACGCCAGCCAGUUGGUCAACGAAGGCAAUGCUGACAACUACAUGGACUACGCUGACGGCAUGGAGGAGAUCUUUGGCUCCUUGAACUCUCUGAAACUGGAAAUUGAGCAGAUGAAGCACCCGCUGGGCACUCAGCACAACCCAGCUCGCACCUGCAAAGAUCUGCAACUCUGUCAUCCGGAUUUCCCAGACGGUGAAUACUGGGUAGAUCCUAAUCAAGGUUGUUCCAGGGAUUCCUUCAAAGUUUACUGUAAUUUCACCGCUGGUGGGGAGACCUGCAUCUUCCCAGAUAAGAAGUCAGAAGGGGCCAGGAUUACCACAUGGCCCAAGGAAAACCCAGGCUCCUGGUUCAGUGAAUUCAAGCGUGGUAAACUGCUCUCCUAUGUUGAUUCCGAUGGCAACCCCAUUGGCGUGGUGCAGAUGACCUUCCUGAGGCUCCUGAGUGCUUCCGCCCACCAGAACCUCACCUACAAUUGCUUCCAGUCGGUGGCCUGGCACGACGCCACGGCUGGCAACUAUGACAAGGCCAUCCGCUUCCUGGGCUCCAAUGACGAGGAGAUGUCCUAUGACAACAACCCCUUCAUCAGGGCUGUCCUGGAUGGCUGUGCAGCAAAGAAAGGCUACCAGAAGACGGUCUUGGAAAUCAACACCCCCAAAGUGGAGCAGGUCCCCAUUGUCGACAUCAUGUUCAACGACUUUGGAGAAGCAUCGCAGAAGUUUGGGUUCGAGGUGGGACCAGCUUGCUUCAUGGGCUAAGGGACCACUCAGAAAACUAGUUCUCCAAAAUGAGCAACCUCGUAACCUCAUCGCGCCUUCGGUUUUUGGUUCCAUUUUUGUGUCAUCGUCACAUGCACGUUCUAAAACUGGACAGUUUGAUGGGAUUGCUAUCUAUUUGGGUUUUUCUUUCCUCCCCCCGCUUCUGUUUUGCCUGCGCUCCAACUCUGCCGCUGGAUCACCCUUCCCAAACCAUUUUUAAGCCCCAGGAUCAUCAUUCCCACUGCAGACUCCAGAAUCACAUGACCUAAGGACAUCCACUACCAGCAAAGGCCAUCUCUCCAAAAACCCUCUUGCUCUGCAUCUCCUCUGAGGCCACCAAAGAGUUUCCUGCACUUGAACAUACAGCUGUUGUUUCAACACACUGAGACCACAAAACCAGGUCUUGUUCUUCCGUAAUUUUGACAACCUUGCCAAAGCUGGGGGAAGACCAGGUACUGUGGAUCGUUAAAGUUCCCCAUCUCUUGGAAGGUUCUGGAAAAAUCCCACAGAAAACUAUUCUCCGGGCGUGACACAACAACUCACUUGUCCUCGGCAUAGGAGCGUAGACUUAGGAUGCUCCAGAAUCCUCCCAGGUCAGAUUACCAGACCGCUGGUGUUUCAAACAGAACUCAUAUGGAAUAAACUUUUUUUUUUAAUUGCUUUUUGUAAAACUUUGAUCCUAAAAGUUACAACUGAAACCAAUAACAGGAAAGAAAACUUUUCCCAGGUUCUGACUGUCUUCCCCAUAUGAUAAAGGUGCUUCUAUUUUUGUAUGUUGUUAAGUAAAUAUUUGUAUAUUAUUAUAUUAAAUAUAAAAUGCCUCUGGUUCAAAGCAUGCAUGUGACUUGCCCCAUGUCCCUGAUUGAUAAUUUAACGAGCCCACAUUUCUUACCAGCAAACCAGCCCAUCUGAUGAAAAACACCAGUCCAGGAGGCAUAAAAUCAUGUAGAGUUGGAAGGCACCCCAAGGGUCAACUAGUCCAGCCUCCUGCAACCCAGGCAAUGAAUUGCUGUUGCAGUUCCCUCCCUGCACCCGUGGGGUGGGUGCACCUGGUAAAAACAUUCAGGCACUUUGAGCCUUAUGCAUAAACACAGAUGUAAGGCUGCACUUGAGUUUCUCCUCCUUACUCCUGAGUAAGCGUGUCUUCCAGGAUUUUACCCUUACUUCUGACUAAGCUGGUGCUUUCUCUAUUGAUAAUUACACAAUCAAUAUACACAGUAUUCCUCAUGUGCCUGAGUGGUUUUACUUUUGAAAUGGUGGGGAGGUGAUCAGAUAAACCAUGCCGCAGCUCUCCAAAGGAAAAGAGACCCUGAGGAAUGUCAGGAUUGUGUGUGUGUUUUUAAUUAACAAUGCAUAUUGUUAUACUGGAAAUCCAUGACUCUGCUGAAAAAAGAAAAAGAAAGUGCCUUUGUCAGCUCUGACAAGUAGUACAGACUUGGGGUCAGCUGUCACUCCAUUUGAUUUCAAGGUACAGGUUUCAUUUUUAAAAAAAUAUAUAUUCCCCCCCAAACUAAAAGCCUCUUCCCCCUCCCCAAAAUUCCACCUCCUCCCUCAUUGGAGGAUUGUACAUGGCAGGGAUCUCCAUUAUUAUUUUUACUUUAAAAAUAAUUAAAAAAAAUAAUAAAAACACAGGUGCUUAUAUUUUUUAUUAUUAUUAUUUACAUUUUCUCUUUUUUUGUUGGUGCUAUCUCUGACGACGACACUGGUGGACACCCCCCUGCCAUUUACCUCCCUCCAAGGCUCAUUUAAUGAUGUUCUGAUUGAGCACCUUUCCAGCACCCCAUUCUACCCCCCCUCUCGACCCCCACCCCAUCCACAGUCUUGAAUGGAGUUGCAUGCUAGUCUAAUUAUUUCAAUGCAUAGACCAGCCCACUUCUGUAGAAAAGUAUUAAAGCUGUGCUUGCUUGCGGGGAGGGGUUUUUUUUGUUUUGUUUUGUUUUUCCUUUUGUAACAAAUAGAAUAUUCAUGCAUUUUUAUAGGAUGAUUAACUAUGCCAGAUUUGUACUCGUGCGCUGAAUAUUUGUGGUGCUAAUUUAUGUAUUUGUUUGAUGUCCUGAAGUCAAGCUUGCCCCCGCAACCCAAAACAACUGCAUUGCAACAGCAAUAAGAGAUGGUGUGAUCCUGUGUGCCUUUUAACUACAGACCACUGAGGAAGGGGAGGGCAGAAGCUUGCUAGCAAUAAACUGUUUCAGUUGGGGCCUUCACUUUUUUUGUUUCUUCUCUCCAUGAGUUGGGUGAGUGGUACUCCGAAAGAAGGAAAAUAAGAAGCAGUGCACUUUUGCCAAAGACCCCUGUCCAAGGAGGUCAAUUGGAGGUCAGUCUUUGCAAAGGAAAAUACAUCAUGUAUACUGUGAACAGGAGCCUUUAUAUGAUGUAUUUUCCUAUUUUUUAAAUGAACCAAGGGGACAGGGCCCUGAGGUGCUCCAUGGUGCUUUCUAGUUCAGACUCCAUUCAUAUUUGUACCAUAGAAUUCUCGGAGCAAGCUUGGAAACACACACCAGGGAUCCCUCAUUGAGAAGAUCUGGGAGAGCGAGGCAGCUUCCCUGGUGGAUAGAGAACUGCUAUCACAUAGCAUUCCUUGAGCUUCCCCCCAAAAUGCAACAGGUAGAGGCAGGAAUGCAUUAGCUUAAGGAUAACGACACCCUGAAAUGAACGAGCAAGCCUCCCUUCUCUCACCCCCUUUGGUUAAGGUGGUGUUUGACCCCAGAUUGCACUUUUGGUUCAUGGAUAUGAAGAGUCAGCCCCAAAAGGCUCAACUGGUGCCUAUGCAUUAGACCAUCCCUCUGCAACCUGGUGCCCUCAGGGCUACAAUUCCCAGACAUCUUGAGGGCACCAGGUUGUCAAAGGCAGUUUCUGAACAGCAUGGUGGACAUUCAGCCCCUUUGCAGCUGAUGGAUCAGGUUCCCCGACGGUUAUAAAGUUCGAGCCCUACAGUUCUAGAACAGCAUCUUUAGCCAAAAAGACAAUUUAGGAAUACCAUACCUUAUUUUUAUUUCCUUGCACCUUGAAAAAUGCUAGGAAAUCCAAAGGCUUGAGUGUUUGCACCUGCAAAAGAAAUGGCUUAUUAAUAUGGAUGGAUGGAGAUACCUACUAAGCACACCCACACACUUAGGUCAUGUGAUUCUGUUCUGCUAAUUUCUCUUCAAUGAAUCUUUAAUUCCCCCCCCCCCUUCUUUCUGUUGGGUGUUUCUGUCAAAAAAAAAUAAUCCUACCAAGUGUUGUAAAACUGUACUGAAGUUUUGACCCUUUUUCCUUCCUCCCCUCCCAGACCACUUACCUAACGGUAUAUUGCAAUAAAAAUUAUUCCUUGUAUUUGCAGACAUAUAUUUCUGUGUAAUUUUAUCCCCUCCCCUUUUCCUCUCUUAAUAUAUAUUAUGACUUGAACAAAUGUUGAUUGAGAAAAAAAAUAAACCUAUGAAAAAACAAAGUUUUAAAUACA